AUGUCCGAUGUCGCCUUAAAAUCUAUCUCGAUCAUAAUUGGGGCAUUUUUUGCCCUUUUUGGCGUUCUUAAAGUGGCGCCUCUGUUCUCUGCUGACCUCUACCACGACAUGCGUGGGAUAUUUGCGCGCAGUGCCAAGGUCUUUCCCCUGCAGCGGUUUACAGGCUGGCGGCCAGAAGCGGAUGCGAUGCGUCGCUUUUGUGGUGCCGUCGAGAUGGUCUGUGGUGUAGUGCUAAUGGUGGGUCGGGUAGACAUCGCCGAUAUGGCAAACGUGGCGCUCAUGGUCCUCCUCUUUUUCAUCCUCUUCGCCAACUGGGCUCUUGGUGAGGGCCUCAAGGAGGCCUCCCAUGCCAUAGUUCUUGGUCUCGUUCUUACCUGCCGCUUCGUCAUCCGUCUUCAGACUCUUCAAAGGAACGAGUUGGAUUUGGAGGCUAUGGACCGAAAUCAAAUCGACGUCGCCUUCCGCAAGGAGUUACGACGUAGGAUUGCGGAGCUACAUGAAUCCGUGUGUGAGACACAGAAGAUUAUCAAGGAGGGUAGCAAAGCUGAAAACGACUGGACCGCAAGGAAGAAAACGCAAGGGAAGGUUGGAAACAGGUACAAGAAACAGGGCAUUUCGAUUCACGGGAGUGCCUCAAAGAAGAACGACUGA